UUUACCGCAACUGCAACCACAUUUCCCGAUUUUCCUUUCCAGAACAAACUAAAGCUCAAUCAGAAGGUAAAGGUAAACAAAUUCAUUUCCCUCACACACACGGGCGAGCAGACGGCCAUCCGCUGCCUGCAGGACAAUGAAUGGAAGCUUGAUUUGUCCUGCGAUACCUACUUCCAAAAUCCCGAUCUGUACUAUCGCGAACUGGACAGGAAGAAAGUUGAACAGUUGUUUAACGUCUACCGCGAUCCAUCCGAUCCGAACAAAAUCAACUCGGAUGGUGUGGAACGGUUUCUGGAAGAUCUGCACCUAAAUCCGGAGUCGAAGCUGGUGUUAAUCAUAGCCUGGCGUUUCAAGGCGGAAGCACAGUGUGAGUUCGCACGGCACGAGUUUAUCAACGGGUUCUACGAUCUCGGUGUGGAUAGCAUAGAGAAGUUAAAGGAAAAGUUGCCACGCCUCGAGCAGGAGCUGAAGGAUCCGGGACGGUUUAAAGAUUUCUACCAGUUUACCUUCAACUAUGCAAAGGAUCCAGGUCAGAAGGGGCUCGAUCUGGAAAUGGCCAUCGCGUACUGGAACAUUGUACUUAAGGAUCGGUUUAAAUUUCUAGAUCUGUGGUGCAAGUUUCUAGUGGAAAACCAUAAGCGGUCAAUUCCAAAAGAUACGUGGAAUCUGUUGCUCGAUUUUGCUACUUACAUUGACGACAGCAUGUCCAACUAUGACGCAGAAGGUGCAUGGCCGGUGCUAAUCGACGACUUUGUCGAGUGGUGCCUCAAACAGAACAAGGUAACGCAUCCGUCAGUUAUUACUUCCACGACCAGUGGGUCUGGUGUUGGAUGCAGCUCGCUCUCGAUGCAACAUGUCCCAUCCACCUCGGCGGCAAUAAUGAGCAACGUGACCGUUCCGGGCGCAGGCAACGCAUCCUCCACAACAACGACGACGACGACCAACCCGUACGGUGGCAGCCGAUCGAGCCCCUACGGUACAGCUGCCGGUAGUGCGGCAAACAUGUUUUACUAGAUUCACUAGAUAUCAGGUCAGUUAGCCGACAGUACGGAGAGCAGU